CGCAUUUUGCUUUAUCUGCUUGGCUGCCGGCUGCUGAGCUGGUCGCCAUAUUAGUGGCGAGUUGGGAAAUAGUGUUUUAAUUUGUGAUUUCGUCGUUAUCGACGAAAGGGAGUAGUAAAUACUCCCUUCUUUGUGAGUAAAAGCCUUUCUGUGUAAAGUAACCUUGGGUUAUCAUUUUCGUUAAGGAAUAGAGUAUUUCUUUUUGAUUUGAACUAUAAACAUGGCCUUUUAAAAUGUCGGCCCUGAACGUGAUUUCUUCGUCUCCUUGCGGAGCUCCCCGCGUAGCUUUUGUGGAUGUUGGAGGAUACCAGAAUGGACAAGAAAUCUUUGCAUCGUUCUUCUUUACAACAGUCGAGGGCAACGGCCGUCGACUGUAAAAAGAAUUCGGAAUUGACACACAAACCUUGGCAACGUAACAAUAAGAAACGAGAAACUCCCGGAAACGCACCAAAAAAUGAAAAUUACCGCAAAAAUAUACCAGCUCAAAGAGGAAGAGGUCCUGCUGACAAAAGGCCCCACGCACAUGGUGCCAAUAACUUUGUUGUGGGUGGAACGCCGAACACCGGGUUAGAGAAUGAUGAAGAGCCUCAACUAGGUUCACUGUAUGUGCCAGGAAGCAAAAAGCAAAAUUUGAAUCAUUUGCUAAACUUCAUGUAUUCCCCUCGUGGAAGCAACGAGCGGAGGGGGCUGCCUCCCCGCAGGCCGCAACAGAACAAAUUCUAUCAUCAUUUUGAACACGAUCUCUAUCUAAGAACUUAUUGUCAAUUUGUUGUGAAGCAAGGCGGAGAUUUCAAAGAGAAUUUGACAAACCCUGACUUACCUGUUAAAUGGGAGGAAAUUGAGGAAAUUGUAGUGAGAAGGGCUGGUAAAUGGCAAUGCCCUAUAUGUCUCGGUCACCCUGUGGCUGGCCGUGUUGGUAUUUGUGGCCAUGUCUACUGCUGGGCUUGCAUCUUACACUACUCGGCCACUCAUGAGAAACAACCACCGCCAUGCCCAGUUUGCACGGUCACAUUACAAGUGGCUGAUAUGAAACCCACCAGAUUAGUGCAAUGGGAUACACCUGAAGAAGUGACCAUGCGCCUUGUUCGACGUCUACGCGGCUCCGCCAUAGUGGAAGUUGCACCACCUAGAGGUGUUAUUACUGAAAUGAAAGAAGCUUCCACUUUGCCCCUAGAAGAACAGCCAGUGUCGCCUUAUGCUAGAAUAUUCUCAGCAAAUCAUUAUCAGGUUCUGGAAAUACUGGAGAGAGACAAGCGAGAGAUUGAAGCCCAAAUUCAAGCAGAAAUUGAUACAACUGAACUAGUUUACUUGGAGCAAGCAUUGGAGAUGCUUAAAGUUAAGAGGGAAUUCAUUGAGUGUGAGUAUUUAAGACCAAUGAAGAAGGUUGUUGAAAAAGAGGUCAAAGACGAUAUUAUUGUUGAAAAGCAUGAAGCUAAUGCUAAGAAAUAUGACUGGUUUGAUGUUGAUGAUGAAGAAGGGGCUGUUUGUCUUGAGGAGGACUUGUCAGUAUUAGAUAUAAAUGAUGACGCAGAACCUGAAACUGAAUCUGAAACUGCACCUGAAGUUGCACCUGAAGUUAAACCUGAUGUAAAGAAGUUUGGUUUCGACCUCAACCACAAUCCUUUAGAAGAUCUGGAGGUGAGAGAUAGUCCUCCCCUUGAAGUUGAACAGAAUAAUCUAACUGAAAUUGACAAGGAGAAUCAAGCAAGAUAUUUCUACUUUUACCAAGCGGACGAUGGUCAGCAGGUUUUCCUGAACAGUUUGAAUGUGCGCAUGUUGAACGCGUCGUGGGGCGCUCUGGUCGCGGCGCCGGAAAUCAUCAAGGGAAAAGUGCUGCAUCGUGAUACUGUAUCACUGGGAGAACAGACAAGAAAACAUAUGCCAUACACAGCUCACUUGCCACUUCACUGCUCUUUUGAUGUUGUGGAAUUAGACUUGAAGCCCCCUUUCGUGACUCCAGCAGCUAUUGAAAAUUUUGCUGCGGAACUAGAGCGUCGCGCCCGCAAUCGCGCCCGCCAGGAGCGCGACGAGCGGCGCCGCGAGCGGGCAUACCACCGCGCGAUGGAAGGGCCGCCCAAACCGGACUUCUCGUCAGAGAUUCUAUUCCCAACACCACCCUCGCCGUUCGGCAGCCCGCCGCUGAAUGAGCCCAGCGUGUUUGACCAGCCGGGACCAUCAGCUGCCGCGCACGUGGAACAGCCAGUGCCGUCGACGAGUGGUUCGAGUGGAGUUUCUUUUGCUAAGAUGGCCGGCACGAGUGGUACAUGGCGCGUCCGUAAAACGGCAGCGCCGCCGGCACCACAGCCGAAGGACGACGACGAAGAGGACGGUCACGUUCCUAGCUCUCUCAACCUGAGUGACGCCAUAGAAGCGGCCCUCCAAGCCAGCCUCUCCCCGUCCAACAAGAAAAACAAGAAGUCCAAACAGAAGAUAUUAUUUGCAACCGGCAUGAAUCGCUCUCCGUAAUUGGCUUCAAAAAUACUUUAUUGCAAAUAGAUUCUCCAAAAAUUUAUUAAUAUUAUAAUAUGUAUGUAAACAUACUUAAAAUAGUUCAUCUCUGUCUGUCAGUAUCUUAUUGGUGUAAUUUUUUAUUGUGUAACAGCAAUAUGAGCCACAUUGCUCUCGUACAAAUAUCACAAUCAAAAUGUUUGUCUACAUGUAAAAGUAUACAUAGAGUUAUGUGUUAUAAUUUAUAACAGUAUGUGAACAAAAAUGCUUUUUAUUGAUCAGGUUUUUGUUUUAAUUGGGUUUUAAAUAAAUGUGAAAUCACUGUGGGUAGUUGUUCACUUGCAAGACAUAAUAAUAUAUUUAUCUUAGAGGGUAUGUCUAUGUAGUAAAUAUAUUUUAUUGUAUUAUUAACAAUAUUUUUGCUUAAUUGCUCAUUGAUGUUUCUAAUAAAUCACUUUAUGAAGGUG